AGUUCUCAACGUUUGUCUUCCGCUCAGCAACGAUCGUAAUACUCCCCAAAAUAGAUAAGUUCAGCGUUAAAUACGACCGUGGAUUGAAGGUACAUACACUUCACGAAACACUUCUCGAGAAUACUGUUUGUUAUUAUGGAUUUAAAAGUGGAUAUCAACAUCUGAAAGAUUGACAUAUUAGUAUUACACGUGUUGGAAGUCGAGUGAAAGAAUUGCCAGUCGUGUUUAUGUUUGCUUCAGAUUGCAAUCAGGGACUUUAGAAAUGUUUGGAUCUACCAGUAAUACACCUUUUGGUACUGGUAGUACCUUUGGAACAGGGACAAGUAUUGGCACUAAUCUAUUUGGAAACACCCAAAAGUCAACAGGCUUUGGAAGUACAUUUAGUCAGCCUCAGACGUCAGGGACCUCUACACUGUUUGGAGGCACAAAUACUGGGAAUUUAUUUGGAGGAACUGCAACUAACACUGGAAGUAUCUUUGGACAACAACAACCCACUACUCAAUGUUGUUCAAGGAACUGAUUCCAUGGUUAAAAAUGGCAUUACGACCAAUAUUAGCGUCAGGCAUCAAUGCAUCACUGUCAUGACAAAUUAUGAUAAGAAAUGUUUAGAGGAGCUAAGAAUUGAAGAUUAUGAAGCUGGACGUAAAACAGGAGCAACUGGAGCAACUGGUGCAACUGCUUUUCCAGGUCUGGCCACAAGCUCAGCUUCAGGAGGUCUGUUUGGAAAUACAACCUCCACAGGAUUUGGUACUGCACAGAAAACAACAACUGGGUUUGGAACGACAGGCUUGUUUGGCGCCAGUAGUACCACAAAUCCUAGUCUGUUUGGCCAACAACAACAAACGACUACAGGGCUCUUUGGUCAGCAGAAAACAGGUGGGCUGUUUGGGGCUCAAACAUCAACUACUGCCACACCUGGAUUUGGUACAGGUUUUGGUGGAAGUGUCUUUGGACAGACCUCUAGUGGACAGACAACUCAGGCUGGUCUGUUUGGUGGAACAACCACAUCUACUGGUACCGGUUUGUUUGGAACACAAAGUACAGGAUUUGGUCAAACACAGACUGGAACAGGGGGACUGUUUGGACAAACAGGAUUCGGGCUUGGUCAACAGCAAUCAACAGCUUUUGGAAAACCAUUUGGAGCCUUGGGUACUGCUGCAACUGGAAGUUUAUUUGGCGCACAGAAUAAACCUGCAACAGGAUUCAACUUUGGAGCCUCUGCAGGAGGACUGGGAACCAGUGCAUUUAAUGCUGCAACAUCUCAGGCAGGAGGACUGUUUGGUGUCAAACCUACUGCCUUUGGUACAGGAACACCAUUUGGUGCUAAUACUGGCACAGGAUUGUUUGGAACCACAGGAACCCUAGGGACAGGAACGGGUUUAAACACAGGGACACUAGGCACUUUUGGUACUUUAGCUUCCCAACAAACAAGUUUGUUUGGAGGAAAUGCUUUAGGAGGCAACCCAACUAUAGCACUGACCACUCUACAGCAACAACAGCAGCAGAAGCUCCUGGAGCAUCAACUAUUGAUCUUGUCAAACUCACCGUUUGGUGAUUCACCAUUAUUCCGAAAUUCACUGCUGGAGAAAUCCAGGCCAGAAAGGGCAUCUACUUCUACUACAUCCUCAUUGCAAAAGGUUUCUACCACACCUUCACACUACAAGGUUUCUCCUCGACCAGCUGCAAGAAUAAAACCCAGGCCAAUAAAUAAUUAUACCAUGAACAAGUCCAAACUGUUCGAGGGUCUGGAGGAAGAUUCUGGGCUAAGUCCUGACACAUUUGUACCAAGGAAGAAUAUUAAAAAGCUUGUUCUCAAAACCAAGUCAAACAAAGAAGAUUCCCCCUUAUCUGUGGUCGACACUACCAGGGUCAAACUCAGCACUUUGGAGGGCGAUGACAGUUUGCCAGCAACCAGCUCACCCUUCCCUCCCUCCCCACCCCCGUCACAAGAUGUGUCACCCAUGAGGAUGUCUGCGACCCCUGCUGGGCUUUACAGUAGUGAGAGGGCUUCUGAUGGCAGGGUGAAUACUAGUGAUGGUGUCAGUCCGAUGGGAGUACGGUUCUCUCAUGUUCCAGAUUCUGUUGAUACCACCAUCGCAGAAUUGAAUGUACGUCGUCCACCGGGAAGGGACGAAGAAGACGGAAGCGUUAAAGAUUCUGUGAUUGGUGAGGAGACUUCAUCGGACACUGCAUCUAAAGAUAAUUUUGGUGUCGUCCUAGACAGGUCUGAGUAUUACGCCAUUCCUCCAGUACAAGAACUUAACCAACAGAUGGACAGUAACGGAGAUAUAUUUGUGGAUGACUUUGUAGUUGGCCGCGAAGGUUAUGGAAAAGUCAAAUUUUAUGGCAGAACAAACGUCGCCGGGCUUAACCUGGAUGAAAUUGUCUUCUUCAGGCGCCGAGAAAUAGAAGUUUAUCCUGAUUCGUACCCUAAUAAACCUCCUGUUGGUGAAGAACUCAACAAGAAAGCAGAAAUCACUCUGGAGAAAGUCUGGCCAAAUGACAAGACUUCUCAUAGGCCAAUUACAAGUCCGGAAAGACUCAACCUUCUCGGCUGGCAAAAGCGGGUGGAAACUGCUACCGAAAAACUUGGAGCUACUUUUCUUGAUUACAGCCUUGAUACUGGAUGCUGGGUGUUUACGGUGGAUCAUUUUACGCGAUAUGGAAUGGACCAAUUCCUUGAUGAUGGUGAUGAACAGGCCCAGAAGAAACUUAGGAGGCCUCCAUUAAAACCAUACUUACAGGAUGUCGAGAACUCUAUUGAAAAGGAAAAAAAGGAAAUCCUCAGACAUCUGCAAGAAAAGAAACAACAGUUUGAAGCUUAUGAGAAGGAAAAGCAGCGAGUUACUCCCUCCUUACGAGACCAGGACAGUGUCAUGGCUGACAUCGAUCACGAAACGUUUCCCGAGGAAAUGCUCGAAGAUCAAAGUGGAGAUAGUAGCGAUGGUGAAGUAGAAGAGGUUGACAGCUCCCCUGCUAGCCACCAGUUGGCAACGGCCCUUGGAAUGAAUGCACAGAGGAUCCAAGUCAUGAAAGCAUCAUUCUUUGCCGAUCAGUCUCAACUCGUAACACCUUUCGCCAAAGACAGUCCCACUGUGGACAAAUCGCUCUUCAGUUCAUCUUUAGCCAAAGGUGGCCACUUGAAGAGUUCUGUAUAUCCAUCAUCUAUGCCACGGGGUCCUUUGCUGUCUCCAAACGUACAACGCUCUUUGGAUGAGUCCGGACAAAUGUCCCGGUCACUGUUUGGUAGCCCCCAGAUAGGGGUCUAUCCUCUUCGGUACCCCGUGGUGCACGAUGUCACCCCAGUAGCCCCCUCUUCGCCAACUCAGCUUCCAAGGGCCAUCAGCACAGCGAUGGACAUCGGAAUUAAAGUAGUCGGCGCUCGGAAUCAAUUUGGUCUUGUGCCUAAAAAGGAUUCCCUGGUCGACGGCAAAGAGAACCUAAUUGCCGAUGCUGGUUUGAUGAUGGGCCGCUCCUUUCGUGUUGGCUGGGGGCCUGGGUUUGUCUUGGUCCAUAGCGGUACUCCCUUGGGGAAACAAGAAGGAAAACCAGCUGCUGCCACCCAACCCUCGCUGGCAGGAGAUUUUUUCUCCAUGAAGCCAAGGCCCAGUAGCAGUGAAGGAUCGCCGCCAUUCGGAGUAACGAUAGAGAAACUGAACGUAGCUCUGCAGGACAGUCGCGGCCCAAGUGAUGUUGUGUUGGCACAGCAUCAAGCUGUACUUGAAGCAGAGUUAAAACACGCUGUGGUUUCCAGUGAAGACGACUGUCCGCUGUUUCGACCCCCCUCUGGCGUCAAAGCUUUGCACCAUCACGCAGAAGUCGCCCGAAGGAACAAGGAAGCUACAGACCCAGGGCCCCUAAGAGACGCAGCUGAACAGAUUUGUUUAGUCUGGGACCUGGUUGUUGCUCUUUGGGGAAAACUUACGGAAGACGACGACGAUGAUGAUGAAAGCGAUAUCGGAGCUGAAGAAGACAGAGAAACAUAUCAGAACCGUGUAGCGAGGAAACAAGCUCUCUCAAACUGGUUAGCUGAGGCUGCUAAAACUAGAAUUUCCCAGGAGGUGGAUGACACGAGUUUCCAGGAAAGUGAUCACUUGAAAUCCAUCUUCAGCUGUUUGACCGGAAAACAGAUCAGCCGUGCCUGCCAUGUGGCACAGCAACAUAGGGACUAUCGUCUGUCGCUUUUACUGUCACAAGUCACAGGAAACACACUCACUAGAAACUUGCUGUACAAACAACUGGCGGAUUGGCAGGAAAUGAGGGCGGAUGCAUUUAUUAGCAGAGAAAGAAUUAAAAUCUACGCUCUGCUUGCUGGUGUCAUGGUAUGGGAAAUAUCACGUGACCCAGCAAGUCUAUCACAUGACGAACUUCAAAACCUGACGCGUCACGUGGUGAACGUCUGCGAGGGACUGGAUUGGAAGAGAGUUCUGGCUGUACACCUGUGGUACUUCUGUUCACCAACGUGCUCAAUAACUGAUGCGGUGCAAGCAUACAACGCCUCAUUUAAGGGAAGUUCGAGUCACGGUAGAUACGGCGCUCCUCCUCAUCCGCCGUUUGUCGAAGAAGACGAAGGAGACGCGAAUGAAAACAAGUUUGUAACAAGAGAUACCUGUUAUCACUUGUUAAAACUCUACUGCAAAAGAUCACACAGACUGGAGAGGCUGCUAUCACCAUCAACCUCUACUGUUGUGCAGCUAGAUUUUAGAUUAAGUUGGCAUUUGUACCAGGUUCUUUUAUCACUCCAUUACACGCAUCUUUCUGAACAACACGCGGCCAUGUUACACUGUGGUUUUGCUGCUCAGCUGGAGGGAUUGGGCCUGUGGCAUUGGGCGGCCUUUGUCUUGUUGCACAUUGAGGAACCUACCAGGCGGGAGAAUGCGGUUCGGAGCCUUCUGGGUCGUUACUGUUGCGUGUCGUUGGAUCAUGCUUACAUAGAGAAAGAACGCUUUUUGUUAAAUGAACUGAAAAUUCCUGCUGAAUGGAUACACGAAGCUAAGGCCUUACGAGCGCGCUAUGAAGGAAAAACUCGCGAAGAAGCUUUCCACCUUGUCAAGGCGCGCCACUGGAGUCUGGGUCAUAGGGUUAUUUUGCGCAGUCUCGUUAGUGACGCAAUUAUUAACGCGGAAUACGACUUUUUAAAAACCUUAUUGGAAGAACUGGAAGCAAGAGAUCGAAGCUCGACCGUGAAGGACUGGGCAACAGGAGGACAGGUGUUUCUGGAUUAUCUCUCUCUGAUGGAGAAGUUCCAAGACAUUUCACAGGAGAACUUUGUGCCAACUAAGUAUGACUGGGAAGGCAUCUAUGCCGAAGUCGUGUCUCUCUGUACGAGAAUCAACAGUUUAUCUUCCGACACACCCAAAGACAUGUUGUGUCAGUACGACAUGGCUAAGAUGUGCGCUAAUUUCUUGAAGAUUGUCAUGAAGGAACUGACGGACCUCACCGAUGAAGGAGAGGCCCUUUUGCCGACACAUGUACUAGUUCCUCACUUAACCAAACUCCCGAUGCCCGAGGACUGUACCCUGGAGGAAUUACGUCAACUGAUCCCGAAUUAUAUUCAGGAGAUAGCCGCUGAGAAUUGAUACUGCAGGCAGUUAAGUGUAUAAAAAGUUGAUUCAAUAUUUAAUUGUUGAAUCAAAGCGCAACAGGCUAUCAACCGAGACGAUACUGUUUAAACAAAAGCGUAGCUUGAAAAGUAGCGAAGUUCCGUGUUACCUUUGUUUUCAGGAGCUGUUUAGUUGAAAAUGGAAAACUGUUAAUUUUUCCUCUAACUUCUUAUGCAGCCACUAAACCUUUCCGUGCAGUUUGUCGUGAGAAACUUUUUAGUUCCAAGUUUUCUAUCAUAUCAACAACUUCUCUAAAGCAGCGUCUCGAGUCUUCACGACUCUAGAGGAGUUAUGUCGCGUGUGUUUUUUGCUCAGUGAUAGAAGCUCUACGGAAAUGAAGUGAACCUUUCUUUCACGGUUGUGGCUCAUCCAGAGACAUUUACUCACAAAUCCUACCAACUGUUAAAUAUACAGUCUUAGUCCUGGAGAUACAGUAUAUGUUAAAAAUCCUUUGUUUUAUUGUAAUUAAUUCGAUAUAUUGUAUGCAACUUCCUCCAUCUUUGUACGAGAAUUCUAAAUAAAAUAGUUUGUUCUUUUCUUCUUUUA